AUGGAGACACCGGUUUGGCAUCUUCAGAAUAUCGCAGAGGUGUACCGACGCACGGGUCUUAUUAAUUUAUACCGAGUGUUUCCAGACUUGCUGAUGAGCCGGAUGGGUCAACAAGUGUCCCUGGAUGCCCUCGGUUCAGUUGUUGGGAUGGACACUCCUGACGAAGACAACUGGCUUGGCUUAGUUGAAGACGGGCAGCCUGUGGGCAACCUGAUGGCCAAGGCACGUAAGUGGAUCACCGACUUCGCCAUCGAUACUCUACAACUUUUGGAAUCUAUCCCGGCCAGCUCGAGGACGAGAUGUCUGCAACCUUUCAUGCUAGUUAUCUGCGCAAGCGAGCUCCGUGCUCCCGCCAUGCGUGAUAUUCCUACUGGAGGUCUUUCUAGAUCAAGAAUAGGUGACUUUAACCAAUUCUCUGAUCCAGCUUCCGAUUUUACUCAAAUGGGCACCACAACUAAUGGUCCUUCGGAAAACGAGGAUGGCAUGUCAUCGUUAUCCUUUGCUUUCAAGGUUUUCCAAGCCCGGAAGUUUGUCCGAGGCCGACUCAACCUAUUUGUAAAUGUCCUUCCUCCACUUCCAAUACGAACCUGCCUCGAUCUAGUCGAAGCAGUGUGGGACAGGCUCGAUAAGGGAGAUGACAACCCUUACUGGAUCGAUGUCAUGAUUGAUCGCGGGUUACAUACGACUAUGGGCUGA